GAGAAGAAACGCCACAGUGGCUUUAACCUAUAGUCCGUGUUUCUAUAUUGCAGAAAAAUCAGUCUUCACGCUGUUUGAAUCUUUACGACUGCUUUGCUACAAAACGACAUCAAUACUACAUUUCAGACAAUGGAAAAACGACAUAAAAAUGUGAAUUACGUCCCUUUUACAAUAUGGCUUGCCUCGGUGGUUAGAGAAUGAUGGGUCCUGUGGAAUUAACUCUAGAAGAGCUGAGACAGAGCACAUAAAAUUUUCAGCGUUGUUGGCCUUGGGUGUCCGAAAGAAAGGUCUUUCUGUACAUAGGAAUCAUUUUCUUAGAAAAAUGAAUCUGCUGUCACUGUGCCAGAUUGUUCUGGCAUUGUGCAUUUGCAAAAUGACUGACGCAAAUCAAGAUACUUUAAAGGUUGAUUUACUAAGCACCAUGCCAAAACAAAACCAAGAUCAAAAACAAGUGGAUAAUGAGCAGAGUAGACAUAUUGAUGAAUGUGCUGAUACUAGUUUUGGGGACAAGACAUGUUCAAAAUCAGAGUUAAAAUUAGAAGACAUAGUUGACAAAGAGCCUUUGUCACCUUCCGUCAGUGACAAUGGUAAUGAUGCAGUGAAUGAAAACCAAGAAGCGGUGGACAGGAAGCCUAGAGUAGUGAUGCAAGCUAUAGGUAUUGCUGGUAGUGAGUAUGAAGAAGAGACCAAAGCAAGUUUGCAGCAGCAUAUCAAAGAAAAGGAACAUGAGGAUAAUUCCUGGACAGAAAUGGCGCAGGAGACUGAAAUAGGUACCGUGGAACACAAGCGUAGCAGCAACCAGCACUUUUUCUCCUUGAUGAAUCUGCUAAAAUUUCUCUUAAAUCCAGUGAUAGAGGAGUUCCAAGUAGUAGAGAAAAGCCCAAAUGGCAGCAAGGUCAGCACCAAGAUAGCUCAAAAUGCCAAUACCUCAGGACUCUUGGAUAAAGAACAAAAUAAGAAUGCUUCAGACUCAAGCAAGAAAACAAAGUUUCAGUGUCUUGGUCGAAAUGUCACUGAAAAUGUAACUGCUACUGUGCGUGUUGUGAACAGUACGGAACUGCUGGAAAUGCUGAGUUUUGAACAGAACCAUACUCAUUCUGAUUGUGUUCUAGUUAUGUUUUUCGCACCUUGGUGCCAUUUUUGUGCAGCAACAGCACCACACUACAAUGCUUUGGGGCGAGCCUUUCUGCAGCUUGAUGUCCUAGCUGUUGACACUGUUCACUUUAGCAAUCUAAAUGCUCGUUUUGGUACUGUUGCUGUGCCAAAUAUUAUGCUGUUCCAUCAGUCAAGAUCUGCCAUUAGAUUCAACCACACAGAGCGUAACUUUGAAAAUCUGGUCCAGUUCAUACAAAAUACCACAGGUCUGGAACCAAAUGCCUCAGUAGAGCUGACAAAAGAAGACUUUGAAGGCCCUCUCUCUAGCAUUCCUACCGAGGAGACAGAUUAUCUGCUUUGGUUUGCCUGGAUUUUUACUAUUAUCUGUGGUGGCCACUUGUUUAUUCAGAGUAGUCCUGGACAGCAUGUCAUUGAAAAAGUGAGAAUUUUGUGGCAAGAACAUCAACAUAUUGAGUGAAUGUAUUUAAUGAUUGAAUUCAGAUUAAGCUUGGAAUUUUGUGUGGUCUGUACAUGUGAACUUGCAUCCAAGUUUUGAUUCACGUUUGAAUAUUACUGUGAUCAGCACAGGCGUGUGUUUCUGUUUUGUUAUGAUGGGAAGUGUUCAUAGAUACAAUGAAAAUAGGCCACAGUAUGCAUGGGUAAGCACAAAAGACCAUGAUGUAAGAAUCUAUGAAAAUGUCAAAAGGUGUGCAGAUAAAAUGGUCAAAUUCUUGCAGAUGUGCAUCAAUGAAGUGACAUAGAUUUUUACACAGAACAGGUAGGUAAGUGUAAUAAACAUACGUGAGCAUUUGUAAACAUCAUGGUGGCAGUUAAUAUUGUUUGGUGUUUGACUAAUUUACAAGGACUUUACAUGAACAAUAAAAUGAUUAGUACAGUCAAAUGA